AUGCCAUACAUCAUCGCAGAGGAAGAUUGGUUGUGCAUAUCAGCCGAGUUUGAAAGAGUCUGCAACCUACCACACGCUUGUGGUGCGUUAGAUGGCAAACACAUCAGAAUCAAGAAACUUGCUGGCUCUGGAUCGUUGUUUUACAACUACAAGAACUUCUCUGUUGUAAUGAUAGCUCUAGUAGAUUCGGACUAUAAGUUUAUUUGGUUGAAUGUUGGUUCAUAUGGAAGUUCUUCUGAUGGUCAGAUAUUCAGGGACUCAGAACUGCGACCAAAGCUGGAAGAAAGAACUCUGGGCCUUCCACCACCAUCUCACCUUCUGAAUGCUGACAGAGACAUCCCCUAUUUUUUAAUUGGUGAUGAUGCCUUUCCACUCAGAUCAUGGAUAAUGAAACCAUACUCAAGAUGA